AUGGAUUACAAAGAUGAAAUAUUACAAGAAAAAUUUAAGCAAAUAAAAGAAAUACAUGGUACAGAUGAUUUUGAAACUACAUUUGAACUUUUAAAAGAAAUAGUUAAUGAAUUACGUGAGAAUUUUAAUGAAGUCCUUAAAAAUAAAGAUAAAGAUAUAAAUUCAUUACUUAGUGCUAUUGAAACACUAGUCGUUUAG